AGCCCUUGCCUGUGCUUGGCUUCACCCUUGCGAGCAACCUUGGUCUACAAGUUCCCGCCUGCCUGCUCCUGUUCUGGUUCCAUCCUUUCACACAUCACCGAAUGCCAUCAAUUCAGACGAAUCGCCUCCCGCAAUGUCGACAACGAGGUUGACUUUCCUGUACCCGCACCUCUUCCGUGCCCCUCGUCUCGGCGAGUCGGCGUCCCAAGCAACGCAGCUGGCGCGCCGAAGCGCAGCACGAAAAACCGCGCAAGUGGGAAGACGCAUACGGGGCGCGCGCUUCGCCUCAGCGACCUCACCCAAGCAGUCUACCUUUGUCGCCCGGCAUGGCAAGGCCGUCGAGCCGAUGCCCCUGAGCGGCAGCGGUGACUCAACCGUCUCGACAUCCGGGCCAAGGGGGGAAACGGGCCGGAUAGGGAGACACAGGCGCGCUGCGCCCAAGCCGGGGCCGCCCUCCGCAUCCGAGAAGAGCUCGAAUGGGGGCACGACAAGGUACCAGGCUGUUGGCGCAGGGCCUGCUGCCGCCGAGACUGCUGCCGCCUCGGGUCUACCGCCUGUCAUCGAGCUCGGCGCUCCCGUGCAGCCACCCCCGCAGCAGCCCGACCAGGCGUCCGCCGAUAGUAGCGCCAAGAAGCACGCAAACGGUCCGAUGGAUGCGAUACUGCAUAUGGGCGGCGCGCCCGAAUCGAUCAAGAAGCCGCCCCCUCACCUGACGACGCCGCCGUACCUUCACCAUUUCGACACAUACUCCCUGGUCAAGCGGCUCGAGUCUGGCGGAUACACGCAGGAGCAGUCCAUCACGGCCAUGAAGGCGGUGCGGGCUCUGCUGGCGCAGAACCUGGACGUCGCGCAGGAGGGGCUCGUAAGCCGGCGCGACGUGGACAACGAGACGUACCUAUUCCGCGCCGCCUGCUCGGAGCUCAGCACCGAAGUCAAGAACAACCGCCGGAUCGCCGACGAGCAUAUGCGCCAGCAGCGCACGCACAUCCAGCACGAAGCCGACAUCGCCAACCAGUCGCUCAACCAGGAGCUGCUGACGCUCAACGACAGCGUUAAGGGCAUGUUUAAUGACCGGAGGAUGGCUGUUCGGGAGGAGCAAAAGGCGGCCGAGAGCGUUAUACAACAAAUCCACUACAAGAUGAGCGUCAAACUGACCAGCGACGCAAAAUCUGACAUUGAAGGUCUGCGCUGGGUCCUUAUUCGUAGGGGCAUCCUUGGUCUCAUCUUUAUGGGUCUCAUCUCGGUGGGCAGCAUUCGGUACGGCAGCUACAUCAACCACGAUAAGCAGAAGCGAGCUAGGAAACGGGCCGAGGACGCCGAAACGCGCCGGAGGAACGACGGCAAGAUGGAUCACAGCUCGGCGCCAGACGCCGCAGGUAUCCUAGCGGCAAACUAAGGGCAACUAUGGAUGGAAGGGCUGAGAGAUAUGGCCAUCAACACGCCGCUGCUUCAAUAUUCCCUUUAUCAUUGGACCCAGUACUUUUCACGGUAUAGAGAGAUACCCAAGCACACGCACAUAGACAGGGUUGAUGCCCAAUAGACUUGGCAC